AUGUUUGGCACCGCUGAACCAAUCCGUAUGAUGUUCAAGUACCACAACACCAACUUUAACGACCACCGGAUCAACGAGCAAGAGUGGACCCACUUGAAAACCUCCGGAUUUUCUGAGUUCGACACUCUUCCAGUCAUGGAAAUAGAUGGAUGCAGACUAGUUGAACCAUUUGCUGUAUCAAAAUAUAUUGCCCACAAGUUCGGAUACCUCCCAAACACCCCUAUGGAAAUGUACAUGAUGGACUCAAUCUGCGAGUUCUGCUGCAAUAUCAAUAAGAUGUUUAUGAAGAUGCACGAAGAUAGAGACAUUGAAGGCAUGAGACGAUGUUGUACGGAAAAAAUGCCAACUUUUCUGAGAAAGAUUGAAACAAGACUUGAGAGAAACAAUAAUGGGAAUGGGUUCUUUGUUGGAAACAGCGUCACGAUGGCUGACUUUUACGUUUUCCAGAUGUUGUGGGAGUACUGCACGAAACCAGGAAAGAUUGAACAAUGCGGAACUAUGUGCACAACUAAUGCACCUAAGCUUAUGCAAUGGCACCAAAGGAUGAUGAACUGUCAAACGUUCAAGAAUUAUUUGGAGACGAGACCUCAAAGAGAGUGCUAA